AUGACGACCUGGCAGCAAGUGGCCGAGGCGAAGCGUGCGCAGCGGGAAGCACUGCUGCCAGCCGCGUACAAGGUGGCGGCGGACAAGCUGCCACCGGCUGGCACCGACUCGGUGAUCGACUUUGCGCGCACGUGUGGCGUGCUAUCGGAGCGCGAGGUGGAGAUCACCGAGACCGACGACGUAUCCGUGCUGCUGGCGCGACUCGCGAGUGGGCACUACACGGCGGUGGAGGUGCUGGAGGCAUUCAUCAAGCGCACGUGUGUUGCGCACCAGCUGGCGAACCCGCUCACGGAGAUUCACUUUGAAGAUGCGCGCGAGUGGGCGGCCGAGCUGGAUGCCGAGCUCAAAUCGACAGGCAAGGUGCGUGGACCGCUGCACGGCCUACCUAUGAGCGUCAAGGACCAGUUCCAGAUCGCUGGAUCCGACGCCACGAUUGGGUACAUCAGCUAUGCGAACAAGCCGUCAAAGUCCGACUCGGUGCUGGUGGAUGUGCUGAAGCGCGCGGGCGCGGUGCCGUUCGUCAAGACCAACCUGCCCCAGACGAUCAUGUAUUCCGAGACGUCCAACAUGUUGUGGGGCACCACGGUCAACCCGCACAACCGUACGCUGCAUCCGGGAGGAUCGUCCGGCGGCGAGGGCGCGCUGGUCGCCAUGAAGGGCUCGCCCUUGGGUGUGGGCACGGACGUAGGUGGCUCGGUACGCAUCCCCGCGACCCUGUGCGGAGUUUUCGGCCUGCGCCCAUCGUCUCAUCGAUACCCAUACGAGGGAGCGAUCAACUCGCUGGUGGGGCAAAUCACGAUUCCGUCGGUGCUUGGCCCGCUGAGCCGUUCGCUGUCCGGCCUCACCGAGUUCUCCAAGGCGGUGCUGGCACAGCAGCCUUGGUUGCAGGACCCACAGACGCCAUCGAUGCCAUGGAACACGGAGCGGUUCGAACACGCACGCACGCAGAAGAAGCUCAACAUCGGGGUCAUGUGGCACGACGGGGUGGUGAAGCCUUCGCCGCCGUACGAGCGCGCGAUCAAGCAGGUGCUCUCGACGCUUGGCAGCCACGACGUGGUCGACUUUGAAGCGUUCCGCACGAUCGAGAUGCUCGAGAUCCUGGGCGACGCCUUCUGUGCCGACGGAGGCAAGGACAUCGAAGCUGCCAUUGCGCCACUCAACGAACCACUCGGACCGUGCUUUUCGGGCAUCGGCAAGCGCGAAGCCACGGGCUACGAGGUGUGGCAAGCCAACAAGCGCAAGCUCGCCUUUCAAAAGGCGUAUCUCGACCACUGGAACGCCACAGCCCAGCAGACCAAGGACGGUCGCCCCAUCGAUGUGCUCAUCGUGCCCGGCUUCGCAUACACGGCGGUACCGCCGGGCAACGAGAUCUACAUCGGCUACACGGGCAUCUUCAAUGUGGUCGACUAUCCCGUGGUGGUGAUGCCGGUGACCAAAGUAGACCCCAAGGUCGAUGGGAGCGCCGAGCGAACCGACUUCCUCAACCCAGACGACGAGAAGUGGUACGGACUCUGGGAUGCGGAGAAGCUGGUCAACGCGCCCGUGGGCAUCCAGAUUGUGGGUCGACGCUACGAGGAGGAAGCGGUGCUUGGAUACGCCGAGCAGAUCUGGAACGCAUUCUCGGCUUCCAAGGCGGGCUGA